AUGCGUUCUACCGUCAUUUGGAAUAAGGAUUUAGCGCGAAAUACCACCUGGUUCUACCAACGCUGCAGCCGCCCUAACCGGCGGAGAAAACAGUCAGGGAAAGGGGGACAGGACUUUUAUUUUGACAGCGCACUGUACCAGGGAGGAAGGAGCUCUUUUUAUGAGUUCCUUGGUUGUGACUUCCGAGGUUGGCUAAAAUGCUUUCUGACCCAUGCUUGCGUGGACCAAGAAAGUCGGAUUGCAAAAGGAUGCAAUGAGAUUCACAUUUUUCAACAACUUCCCGCGCUACAGUUUGGCGGAGUGCACGAUGUGGAUGGAGGUUUAGGAAAGUUAAAUGCAAUGACCAAGGUAAACUGGAACUUCACUUGUUACACACGGUGA